AUGUGGAUGUGGAGCUACCGGCGGAUACUCCGUAUAUCGUGGACAGAUAGAGUCACGAACGUAGAAGUUCUCAGAAGAAUGGGUAAGCAACUGGAUAUUGUGCGUGACAUUAAAAUACGAAAGUUGACUUAUCUUGGACACAUUAUGAGAGGACCCAAAUACAUGAUUCUGCACCUCAUAAUCCAAGAUUUUUGUGAUUUUGCAGUCAAUGUGGAUGCCUGGCUGGAGAACGUAUUGCUGAUUGUGAAGAACUCGAUGCUGCGAGCCAAAAGCAUGAUAGACAUCUACCUCACCGCUCACAAUGUUGGCCUGCAGAUCUUCGGCAACCGAGAUGUCAAGCUUCCCGAAAUGCAAAUGUCCUAUGACAAUAUGAUGCUGUUCUUCCUACCGGGUCACAAUAAUGACGGUAGCAAAGUGGCCAUCUUCAAGCCGCUGAGCUCGGAGCGAGGAGACCAUCUGGACCUGGUGUCAACCAUCAAGCGGUGCGUCAUGCACCUGGACCUCUGCCUCAAGGAGGGCGUCGACUUCAGCAGCCUCCACAUCAUCAUCGACGCAUCCAGCGUCAAGUUGGCACACCUGGUCGCGGCCUUCAACCCGCAGGGCGUCCGGGCGCUCACACUCUGUAUGAAAGCCUACCCGGUGAGAGUAGCUCAAGUGAAUGUGGUCAAUGUCACUCCAAACAUCGAGCGCAUGGUGGCUUUCUUCAGACCGUUCAUCUCAGCCAAAAUCAUGUCCAGAGUUGUUGUACAUAGGGAACCUCAGAUUCUUUUCAAGGACAUCAGCAAAAAGACAUUACCGAAGGAUUAUGGUGGCGAUGGACCCAGUCUUGAAGAAUUGAAUGUGAUGUCACAACAGCAGCUGGCCUCUGAGAAGAAAUACUUCGAGCUGUGCGAUUCGUGGAAAACUGACGAGAAGAAGAGAGUCGGCAAAAGCCAAUACACCAAUGCUGAACUCAGCGACAUUGGAUCCUUCCGUCAACUAAGCGUCGAUUAAGAAUAAGCGAAAAAUGUGAUAAAACGACCGAUUCUCUCUAUUUAUGAACUUAAAUCUAAGAUUAAUUUCUAUUUUCUAUUUAUAAAGGUGUCGACUACUAUAGCGGGUCUUGUUUAAUUCGAAAAAUAGAUGACAAUAAUAUAAUUUGUUGAAAGAUAGGCGAAAAAUUGAAAAUAAUUUUCCCAUGUUGUAAGUUUACUAUUUGUCUAUUUUCUUAGUAGAACCUUGAUUGUAUUUAUUUGAUACUCAAAUAUAAAUAUUGUUAUUUGA